CGUGGUUCUGUUCAUUCCACUGUCGGUCUUUUUGGUUCUCCUCCUCCUCGGGAGCGACGGUCUUGAAUUCUCCGACAACUGUCGACCUUAAAAAUUUGCUUCCAUUAGCUACAUAGGUAAAGAUGCCAGAGGAUGUUUCUGAUGGAGUGUUGGGUCAUCUUCCUGAUGGUUCGCUAUCUGAGGCAAAAGAACCUUUGGUUAAAGUGGACCCUGGGCAACCAGCUUUGCUAACAUGGCAACGAAAUUUAAGACACAAUGAGCGAGAUCCAUCGGAGUUCCAUCUAACUGUCAGAGAAAUACUGCAAAUGGCUCAUUUAGGCUUUCGGCUUGGGCGGCAUGUUAUAGAAGAAACUGCUAAAGGAAAGGCCUCAAUUAUUGAUCCUUUAAAAAAACGCAUUGCUUCAUCUUGUCAUGGUGUUCCUCUAGGAGGAAUUGGUGCAGGUAGUAUAGGAAGAAGCUACAAAGGUGAUUUUCAACGCUGGCAAUUGUUUCCUGGAGUUUGUGAAGCUAAACCCGUCUUAGCAAAUCAAUUUUCUGUAUUCAUUUCACGCCAAGAUGGAAAUGCAUACUCCACUGUUUUGUCCCCAGGUGACCCAGACACACUCAAAUCAAGUUCACUCUCAGGAAUUGAAUCUUGGGAUUGGAAUCUCAACGGGCAGAAAUCUACCUAUCAUGCUUUGUACCCGAGGUCUUGGACAAUUUAUGAUGGUGAACCUGACCCAAACCUAAAAUUAACCUGCCGUCAGAUUUCGCCCUUUAUUCCUCACAAUUAUCAACAAAGUAGCCUUCCUGUGGCAGCAUUUACAUUCACGCUCAACAAUAUGGGAAAAUCUGCCGCCAAAGUUACUUUGCUUUUUACAUGGGCUAAUUCUGUAGGUGGCAACUCCGAGUUUGCUGGGUAUCACUGUAAUUCCAAAAUGAUUGCGAAAGAUGGGGUACAUGGGGUCCUCCUGCAUCACAAAACUUCAAACGGGCAAUCUCCAGUGACAUUUGCAAUAGCAGCACAAGAAACAGCAGAUGUUCAUGUCUCCAGCUGUCCACACUUUGUGAUAUCGGGGAAAUCUGAUGCUUUUUCUGCAAGAGAAAUGUGGCAUGCAAUCAAAGAGCAUGGGACCUUCGAUCACAUUGGUUCCACGGAAAAUCCAAUUUAUUCUGAACCAGAAUCAUCCAUUGGGGCAGCUGUAGCAGCUUCGUUGACUGUUCCUCCACAAGCUGUCCGCACAGUCACGUUUGCUUUGGCAUGGGCAUGCCCAGAAAUAAAUUUUCCAAGUGGAAAAGUUUAUCAUCGACGCUACACCAAAUUUUAUGGAACUGAUGGAGAUGCAGCAGCUUGUCUAGUGCAUGAUGCGAUUAUGGACCACGAGCUUUGGGAAUCCCAAAUUGAUGAAUGGCAAAGACCUAUUCUGCAAAACAAGGAACUCCCUGAAUGGUAUCGUAUCAACCUCUUCAAUGAACUGUAUUAUCUUAAUGCUGGAGGAGCUAUUUGGACAGAUGGGCUGCCACCUAUCCAGAGUUUAGCAACAAUUGAUGAAAGAAAGUUCUCUCUUGAUAUGUCGAAUCCAGUAUGUGAAGCCUUAAGCAAGCCAAUACCACGAAAUAACACUUCACUCCAUGUCCUUGAUAGGAUGUCAUCUACACUUGAAAAAAUAAAUACCCCUAUAGCCUCAAAUUCUGCUUUUGGAACAUCAUUACUCCAAGGAGAAGAAAAUAUUGGCCAGUUACUCUACCUUGAAGGCAUUGAAUAUUAUAUGUGGAACACAUAUGAUGUGCAUUUCUACUCAUCUUUUGCCCUUAUCAUGCUAUUUCCAAAGCUUGAGCUCGGCAUUCAAAGAGACUUUGCUGCUGCUGUGACAAUGCAUGACCCUGAGAAAAUUCGGAUGAUGUAUGAUGGAAAGUGGGUUUCAAGGAAGGUUCUUGGAGCAGUUCCUCAUGAUCUUGGAAUGUCUGACCCUUGGUUCAAAGUUAAUGCAUACAUGCUUCAUGAUACAAAUAGGUGGAAGGACUUGAAUUCCAAAUUUGUCCUACAAGUUUAUAGAGACACAGUUUUCACUGGCGACAAGUCCUUUGCUCGAGCUGUUUGGCCUUCAGUAUAUAUUGCAAUGGCCUACAUGGAUCAAUUUGACAAGGAUGGAGAUGAAAUGAUUGAGAAUGAGGGCUUUCCUGAUCAGACCUAUGAUGUUUGGGCUGUUAGUGGUGUUAGUGCAUAUUGCGGGGGACUAUGGGUGGCUGCCCUGCAGGCGGCUUCAGCCUUGGCACAUGAAAUUGGUGAUAAAGCUGCAGAAGAACUAUUCUGGAAUAAGUUUCAGAAGGCAAAAACUGUCUACGAGAAGCUUUGGAAUGGUUCCUACUUCAAUUAUGACAGUAGUGGUGGCAAGAUAAGCUCAUCAAUUCAGGCAGAUCAACUGGCUGGGCAAUGGUAUUCCAGAGCAUGUGGUUUAUCUCCAAUAGUUGAUGAGAAAAAAGCUAGAAGUGCACUUGAAAAAGUUUACAAUUUCAAUGUGUUGAAAUAUAAGGAUGGCAAACGUGGUGCUCUAAAUGGGAUGAGACCUGACGGAACUUUUGAUAUGUCUGCACUGCAGUCAAGGGAGAUAUGGUCUGGUGUUACAUAUGCUGUUGCUGCAACUAUGAUUCAGGAAGGCAUGACAGAAGCUGGAUUUAAAACUGCCCAAGGAGUAUAUGAAGCUGCGUGGUCCAAGGAAGGACUUGGGUACUCAUUCCAGACCCCGGAAGCCUGGAACAACAAGGAAGAAUACAGAUCUCUCUGCUACAUGCGUCCUCUCGCCAUCUGGGCAAUGCAGUGGGCCCUGUCCCCACCAGAGCUCCACAAGGAGCUUGGAGUAGACAUAACGGGAGGAGAUGCUCUCACGUGUCACCAGAUGGCGUUCGGUCAGGUUGCAAAGCUCUUGAGACUGCCUGCUGAGGAGACUUCCAAGAGCCUUCUCCGCGUCAUCUAUGAGAUCGCUUGCAGCAGGCUGAGGCCCCAUUGAUUUUGACGCUAAAACACCUGUAAUUCUGCUAAAUUAUUCCUUUGCAUAUUGCUGUCAAAUUUAUGAUUUUUAUUCUUACACAAUAAGGAAAAUGUUUAUAUUUGUUAUGCUGCAACUAUUCUCUUAUGUUAUCAUCAAUUUUUAAUGUCUUCAAGUGUUU